AUGGUCUUCAACAAAGUUAUAACGGCUCUUACUAUUGGCCUACCGGCCAUUCAAGCCGCCGUGCCCACCAUUCCCGGCUUCUCUCUUACAUGGUCUGACGACUUCGUCGGUUCUGCCAACAGCCUGCCUAACACCGCCAACUGGAUCAUCGACACCGGUACCAGCUACCCCGGUGGCCCAGCCAACUGGGGUACCAACGAGAUUCAGACGUACACCAGCAGCGUGAACAACCUUCGUCUCAAUGGAAACGGCGCCCUGCAGAUCACCGCCCUCAAGGACUCAGCUGGCCAGUGGACAUCAUCUCGUAUCGAGACCCAGCGGGGCGACUUCAUGGCUCGAGCUGGAGGCAAGAUGCGCAUACAAGCCAGCUUGAACCUCCCUGUCGUUGGUAGCAAUGGAAUCGGAUACUGGCCUGCUUUCUGGACUUUGGGCAACGCUUACCGCGGAAACUACUGGAAUUGGCCCGCAAUUGGAGAGUUCGAUAUCAUGGAGAACGUGAACGGCAUCGAUCGCGUCUGGGGUGUCAUGCAUUGCGGCGUCAACCCCGGCGGCCCCUGCAAGGAAACAGAUGGACUCGUUGGAAGCCGGCAGUGCCCGAACAGCCCGUGCCAGGGCAACUUCCACACUUACACCCUCGAGGUUGACCGCACGACAGAGCUCGAAGCAGUCAGGUGGUUCGUCGAUGGAAUUCUGUUCUGGCAGAUCAUCGAGACCGAGCUUCCCGCCGAUGUCUGGGCCCAAGCUGUGCACUCGCCGCACUUCAUCUUGCUCAACCUAGCUAUUGGUGGUGCGUUCCCUAACAACAAUUAUGGAAGCACAACGCCCCUCGCCAACACGGUUUCGGGAGGAACUCUUCAAGCCGAGUAUAUUGCUGUAUACAACGCCUGA